AUGAUCGCCGAGAGAAAAAGACUUUCCAGUGGUCUUACUGUCACUUCGAAAGUGUUUGUUCGGUCACGUAAUGGAGGUGCCACCAAAAUAGUUCGAGAACAUUAUCUUCGUAAUGACAUCCCAUGUUACUCUAAAUUGUGUAACAAGUGUCAACUUGUUUUGAAGCCUGAUGCUAACGGUGAAUUACCACAAUUUAUUCUUUCAGAAUCUCCUUUGAAACUUAAUAGUGGGUCUCCUCAUUAUGUUGUGUUAGAUACAAACAUCAUUUUGCAUGCGAUUGAUCUUGUAGAAAAUAUUGAUUGUUUUUUCGAUGUGAUCGUUCCUCAAACAGUAUUGGAAGAAGUUAAGAAUAGAUCUUUCCCAAUAUACCAAAGAAUUCGGUCUUUAGUUAAGUCUGAUGAAAAGAGAUUUGUUGUCUUCCACAAUGAAUUCAAUGAAGCUACACAUGUAUCCAGAAUGAAAGAUGAAUCUAGUAAUGAUUAUAAUGAUAGGGCCAUUAGAAAGGUGGCUGAAUGGUAUAACUUGCACCUUAACACUAACAAUAACUCCACUACCCCAGUAAGGAUUUUAUUUAUUACGAACGAUAAAGAUAAUCUUUCAAAGGCUAAGGCAGAAGGAAUUGAUUCAAUGACUUUAUCAGAGUACGUCGAAGACUUACCAAAUGCUGAUGUUUUGAGAGAUUUAAUCCCUACCGAGACAUCUUCCUUUGACAAUAUCAAGGAAACUUCAUACCCAGAGUAUUACAACAACUCACGUAUCAUGGGAGGUGUCAAGAAUGGUACUUUAUACCAAGGUAUGUUGAAUAUUUCCACCUAUAACUUUUUAGAAGGUUCAGUGCAAGUUGCUGCAUUUAAGAAGCCUCUUUUAAUUUUGGGGACUCGUAACUUGAACAGAGCUUUCAAUGGUGACUCUGUGAUCGUAGAACUUCUUCCUAAGGACAAAUGGAGAGAACCUUCCACCACUAUUGUUGAAGAAAGCACCGUUGGUGCUGAUGAUAACGCUGAAGAAGAAGAUCAAGAAGAAACAAGCAUUAUUUCUGAUAAGGAGAGAAGAGUUCUUGCACAAGAUGCCAUUAAGGCAUCCCUGGCCAUUGCUGAAGGCACCACUGACAAUAACAAGCUUCAACCAACUGCCAAGGUUGUAGGUAUUGUUCGAAGAUCAUGGAGAUACUAUGUUGGACAAAUUGCUCCUACAUCUGUGUCUCAAGAUCAUGACUCUGGUAACUCUGCCAAGAGUUGUUUUGUCAUUUUGAUGGAUAAAGUGUUACCAAAGCUUAGAAUUCGUACUAGAAAGGCGAAGGAGUUACUUGGUCAAAGAAUUGUCGUUGCGGUUGAUUCAUGGCCAUCUACUUCUAAGUAUCCACAGGGUCAUUUUGUGAGAUGCUUGGGUGAAAUCGAGAGUGCUGAAGCAGAAACCGAAGCACUUUUGUUAGAACAUAAUGUUGAAUAUAGACCAUUUUCCAAGAGUGUCUUGGAUUGUUUACCAGCAGAAGGUUCAAACUGGACAGUCCCAGAAGAUUUUGGACCUAAGCGUAAAGAUUUGAGAGAUAAGUUGGUUUGUUCCAUCGAUCCACCUGGAUGUGUGGAUAUCGAUGAUGCCUUACAUGCCAAAGUUUUACCCAAUGGUAACUAUGAAGUUGGUGUUCAUAUCGCUGAUGUGGGUCAUUUCGUGAAGGCCAACACUGCAUUGGACAACGAAGGUGCCUCCAGAGGUACUUCUGUUUAUCUUGUGGAUAAGAGAAUCGAUAUGUUACCAAUGCUUUUAGGUACCAAUUUGUGCUCCUUGAAACCAUAUGUGGAACGUUUCGCCUUCUCUGUGAUAUGGGAAUUGGAUGAAAAUGCCAAUAUUGUCAAUAUUGAUUACAUGAAGUCAGUUAUCAAAUCUCGUGAAGCAUUUUCAUACGAGAGGGCGCAAAACCGUAUUGAUGACCCACUGCAAAAUGAUGAACUUACUCAAUCUAUGAGAGUUUUAUUAAAGCUUUCCAAGAAAUUAAAGCAAAAGAGAUUAGAUGCUGGUGCAUUGAACUUGGCCUCUCCAGAAGUCAAGGUUCAUAUGGAUUCAGAAACUCUGGACCCUGGUGAAGUUGAGAUUAAGAAACUUCUUGAAACCAACUCCUUGGUUGAAGAAUUCAUGUUGUUUGCCAACAUUUCUGUUGCUCGUAAGAUUUAUGAUGCUUACCCCCAAACUGCUAUGUUGAGAAGACAUGCUCCACCACCUGCUACCAAUUUCGAAACUUUGAAUGAAAUGUUAGCCGUAAGAAAGCCAGGUAUGAACAUUUCACUUGAAUCUUCGAAGUCGUUGGCUGACUCAUUGGAUCGUUGUGUGGACACGAAGGAUCCUUACUUUAACACUUUAUUACGUAUCAUGUCCACUCGUUGUAUGAUGGCCGCUGAGUAUUUCCCAUCUGGUAGUUAUGGAUAUCCUGAAUUCAGACAUUAUGGUUUGGCUGUGGAUAUUUAUACUCAUUUCACAUCUCCUAUCAGAAGAUACUGUGAUGUUGUUGCCCAUCGUCAACUUGCAGGUGCCAUUGGAUAUGAGAACUUGGAUUUGAGUCAUAGAGACAAGAGUAAAAUGGAUUUGAUUGUGAAAAAUAUUAACAAGAGACACAGAAAUGCUCAAUUUGCUGGAAGAGCCAGUAUUGAAUACUAUGUUGGACAAGUCAUGCGUAAUAACGAAUCAGAACAAGAAGGGUAUGUGAUUAAGUGCUUCAAUAAUGGUAUUGUUGUACUUGUACCAAAGUUUGGUGUUGAAGGGUUGAUCAAGUUGGAUGUAUUGGGUGACAUUAACAGUGCUGAAUUUGAUGAAGAAAAGUAUGAGUUACUGUUCACCGACUUUGCAGGAAAGAAACGUGUAGUUGGUGUCUUUGACAAGGUUCGUGUUGAUGUUAAGUCGAUCAAGGACGAGGUCACUGGUAAGAGAAAGGCUCAAUUAGUGUUGAAAUAA